CCUCGCUCCUCCUCCGGCCUCGCGCCCCCCGCGGGCGCCGGCCCCGAGAGAGCCCCGAGCCAGGAAGCGUGCGCGUGGGCAGGAAGUCCCACAAGCUCGCGAAGGGCUUCCGCCUCAGCGUGGACGAGCGUUUCUUCGAGGUCGCGGCCGAGAUACGGCGCCACACCUUCACGGAGGAGCCGGGCGACAAUUGGUUGUCCGAGGCGCUCGCCGGGAUGUACGUGGCGGUGAACUCGCUGCCAGACUCUGCCCGGAGGGGCGUGCGCUUUCACUCGGUGGAGCUGUGGCACCUGCAGAGCGGGCGCCUCGCCGCGGGGGAGGUUGGGUACACUGUUGGCCAAAUCUACACCUCGUGCACUGGCUUCGCCUUGAAGCAGGAGUUCCCUGGCGCUGGCACCCUGCAGCUCGUGGCCCUCGGUCACUGGCUGGCUCGGUGCGGCUUCGAGGCGUGGGACCUCGGCAUGCAGCUGGACUACAAGCUCGGCAUUGGCGGCUCGAAGCAUCCGCGCGCCGACUGGGUCGCGCUUGUCCGCCGGCUCCGGCCGCGGCGUUGCCACCUGCGCUCGCCCGGCCCCGACUGCCCCGCCGCCCAGCAGCUCCUCCCUGCACGCCGGCUGCGGCGCCCCUCGCCUGGCGCCGGCCCGCCGCCGCCGCCGGGGCGGCCGCGGCCAGCCGCGGCGCGGCCCGCGCGCGCGCGCUGGCUCGGCGGCGCGGCGGGGCCCGCGGGGCCAGGCUCGCCCCAGUGCAAGUUGGGCGCAGAGGUCCUUGACAGGGCGGAGCGCCUGGCCAGCGGCGCCGGCGGCGCCGGCCCCCCGGGGCUGCGGAGCUACGUCUGGCUCUCGCCCCUGGCGGAGGCGCUGCUGGACGCUGUGUCGGAGCUGGCGCCAGGCGAGUGGCCGUGCACGUGCGCCGCGCUGGGGGCCCGCCUGCGGGCCGCCGCGGACUCGGGCGCCUGCUGGGGGCCCCCGCGGGGGCCCCCGGUGCUGGGGCCCCCGCUGCUGCUGGCGGUGGCCGCCGCGCUGUCGUCGUGCCACGUGGCGCCCGCGGCCGUGGCGGACGGUCCAGAGGGGGCCAGCGCGUUAGCGCAGGCGCUGGAGGCUGCCCUGUCCGCGGAGCUCGCGGUGGCGGGCGAGGCUGCAGCGCCCAUGGCGGCUGCGGUCCGGGCCCACCUGGAGCGCAGCGGGUGCCGGCUCACCCACGCCGCCCUGUGCGCGCUGCCGGCUCACCCGCGGGCGCGGGCCGCGGCUGGGCGCGAGCUGCUGCUGUGGGGCGGCCCCGCGCAGUCGGCCGGCAUGGCGGGCUGCAGCUACACGCCGCCUCUGGACCUGGCCUGCAGCCGGGUCGGCAUCGCCGCCGCGGCGCACGCGCUGGAGGCCUCGGCCUCUCAGAGGGUGCUCGACCUGCACACCCUCCAGUGCCUCGCAGCCUUCCUGGAGGUGGAGAUGGGGAUGGAGGCGGGCCGCGCCGCGCCCGCCGCGGGCGGGCUCCACGACGCUGCCGCUGCCGUGGCUGUCCGCAGGACGCUCGGCCGGGUCUUCCCCGAGCCAGCCGCUGCCGCCGCCGCGUCACUGGCGGUCGCGGCGCGGGCGCCCGCAGCGGUCGAGCUCGCUGCGCUGGCGGCCGCGGCGCUGGCGGCCGCGGAGGAGCUGGCGGCGGCGCGGCAGCAGGCCCUCGGCGUUCGCUUCCUGCCCAGCCAGCGGCCCAGGGGAGCGACCCUGGACGCCGACUUGCCGUGGGCCGCCGCCGGGCCACCGCCCGCGAGGCCACCGGAGAGCGCGGGCUCGGAGGACGAGCAGCAGUUCAGCGCGUCCGGCGGCAAGCGGAGGUCUCCGCUGGAGCACAUGUUCAUCACGCCGCUGAAGCUCAACUUGGGUGGUACGCCGCUCACCAUCCAGCCUACCUUCAACACCAAGCUCAAGGCCCGCGAUUGCGUAGGGCCCGGUACUGCUGCAAACCUGUGCAAGUGCUUGUCGAUUGAGGCCUACCACAUCGGCCUCUUGGAGGGUUCCCUGCGCGUCGGCCUCGCGACGCAGCUCGAGAUCAGCGGCCAGCCGCGCCCCGCCUUGGCGCCGCUCUCUCAUGGGGACAUCCUGGGCGCCAAUGAGCUGUCUGCGCAGUUGACCCGUUGGCCAACCGUCGGCUUUGGCAUCGUCGAGAUUGACGAGAUGAACUUCGAGCGCGGCGCUGAGGGCGCUGCCGAGCUGGAUGCCGGAGCUCUUCAUAUACGCGAGGGCGUCGUGGGCACGGCCGGCAACCUCGUCGAGGCCGGGGGGUCCAAGGGCGACGCCCCGCGGGCAGAGCGCGAGGUCCACUUCGAGAGGCCGGCAGCAAUGGGGCGAAUGCGCGACGCCAGCGGAGAAGGGCAUGCAGCUGAAGCUAGUCGAAGGGCCGCUGCCCCUGCCGUAGUUGAUGCUCACGUGGCGGGCCCAGUUCGAUUGCCUCGCUUGCCGCUCAGUGGCGGGCUUGCGCUUUCUAGGCUGGCGGGCGAUCCAAGCAUGCCGCCGCAGCUGGUCAAACUGUCCGCGGGCCUGCCGGCGCGCAUUGCCAUGCGCGCUGGAGCUCGAGUUUCUUUCUUUGCUCAUGCUGCGCAGCCGGCCCGCGCCGCGGACCAGUCGGCCCCCGCCGCAGUGGUUUGCGAGACUGAGGUUCGCGAGGGGUUUCGGCUGACCUCCGAGUUCAUUGCGCCGCAGCCUCGAUCAGAUUGGGCAGCAUGUCUGCGCGUCGGCGACGCCAAGCAGCAGCGCAUUAUUUCGUGGAUGUGUAAAUUCUUCUAG